ACAAAGCGUAAGAAAGUAAGUAUGAGUGGUUUUUCAACCAAAUCCGAUGAUAAAAAGGAAGAGAAGCCAGCAACAGCCAUGUUACCACCACCCAAACCAAACGCUUCUUCCAUGGAAACGCAAUCUGCAAACGGCGGAAGCGUUAUCCUCAUCUUAGCUUUCACUCUCUUCAAACCAAAACGCCCAACCACAACCAUCGAUUCCGUAACCGUUGAUCGUCUCCGAGCUUCCGUCAAUCCUCUCCUUCUCAAAGUCAUCCUAAACCUAACGCUCAACGUCGAUCUCUCUCUGAAAAACCCUAAUCGCGUCGGGUUUAGCUACGAUUCGUCUUCGGCGUUGUUGAAUUACAGAGGCCAAUUGAUCGGUGAAGCUCCUCUUCCGGCGAACCGAAUCGCGGCGCGGCAAACGGAGCCGUUGAAUUUAACGUUGACGCUAAUGGCGGAUCGGUUACUCUCUGAAUCGCAGCUUUUAUCUGACGUCAUGGCUGGCGUCAUUCCGCUUAACACUUUUGUUAAGGUCUCUGGUAAAGUAACUGUUCUUAAAGUCUUUAAGAUUAAAGUCCAAUCGUCUUCUUCGUGUGAUCUCACCAUCUCUGUUUCGGAUCGUAAUGUUACGAGUCAACACUACGGUGCGAUUGCUGCACAGCUUCCUGUAUCAUCUUAACCAUUCUAAUCAUCACCUUCGUCAUUGCCUUACUCUUGGUAUUCGAGGUUUACAAACCGAAAAAACCAAUAACGCAGAUCUAAUCAG